CUUUACAUCACCAUAUACAAGAGGAGCUGAUGGUCAGUCUAUCGGUACACACAUAGAGGAGUUUCGAAAACAACUCAUAGAGGGUGAUUUAACAUUGUUGCCAUUUCCCCAAAGCUGUUGGUGGGGCUUAUUUGGAGAAUAGGAAAGUAUUUUUUUAUAUUGUGCCACACUUUGAAGUACAAACACUAGUUUGCCAGUACUCCGUAAAUACUCACUCUCCAGAGACAACACUUUCGGACAAAAUGACGUUAAUUUUGAAUCACCUUGUAUAAUAACAGUAAUCAUUCAAGCAAACCCAGCUGCACUGAACGUGUUAAUUGUCUUCAUCUAUGGUGUUAAUGACGGCAAAACAAUGUGAACAUGUACGUCGCAACAAUAAUAUAGAGCCCUCCAGCUGUGGUGUGUUCUACUCCUGCAGAAAAUCUGACACCACCGUAAUAUUUGUGAACUGAUGGGCGACAAUUUCAAAAAAUCAAUGUUAACAUCUGACAAAUAAAUGUUUCAAGUCGAAGUGUAAUUAUGCAAAUUUUAAGAAAGAAUUGAAGUUCUAAGUUCUAACAUUAUUAUUAAAAAUGAAGAUAACAACUAAUCGAUAUACUGCCAUACUAACAUUACAAACAUUCUUGCUGACAAUAGACUGGAUUAUGAAUAUUGUGGGUCUUGUUGCCACACAAACCAAUGCUUCGAUGGUCACUCUACUAAUCGUUCAAGAUGCUUGUAUCUUAGUAGCCCUAUCCACACUCUUGCUUACUUUUUUUUCUACAUAUCUGUUCAAGAAUGGGCUUGUAUAUUUAUUGUAUGAAAGAUUUCGUACAAGUUUAGUAAUAUGUAUGUUCUAUUUUAUUCUGACAACUGUUUUACACGUCUGGUCUAUAGCAACAAAGUGGAGCACCUCGCGCUAUAGUUGGACCACAGGCUAUGUCGUCCUGUUAGUUUUACAAAGGCUCACCGCCACAAUUUACUACUAUUGUUACAAAAGGGCUUCCCUAAGAAUCAGUGACCAACGAUUUUACGAAGAUAUGGACUCAGGCCCCGCCGACACGAUUGCUGAUGUACGCCGACAAAUAGGAUAAAUAGUACAUAAAAAAUUACUGAAAUAAAUGUAAUGUAUUUUCGACAGAAUUACAAAUCUUAAAAUUUCAACAAAAUCUAUACACGUACAAAGUAUCCUGUAUUAAACAAAUAAUAUACUCUACAUUUAAAGUAAUAAAUAUGUAAAAAGUU